UUUCCAGGUUACACCGAGGUCAGAUUCCGAUUCCGGUUCCGAUUCCGAUUCCUGGGUCGUCCACGCGGGAAGUUUCCAGAAUCUGGGAGAACAUUCGGCUAGUUUCUCAGAAAAAAUACAUUCAGCUAAAAUCCCGCAGGCAUGGGGAUUUUAGAGAAAAUCUCGGAAAUCGAGAAAGAGAUCUCCCGGACCCAGAAAAACAAAGCCACUGAAUACCAUCUAGGCUUGUUGAAGGCCAAGCUUGCUAAGUACAGAGCCCAGCUGUUGGAACCCUCGAAAUCUACAGGAUCAAAAGGAGAAGGCUUUGAUGUGAUGAAAUCGGGAGAUGCCAGGGUAGCAUUGAUUGGAUUCCCUUCCGUGGGUAAGUCCACAUUCUUGAGUUUGAUGACUUCCACUGCAAGUGAAGCAGCUUCGUAUGAAUUCACAACCCUUACCUGUAUCCCAGGUGUCAUAGAGCACAAAGGAGCUAACAUUCAGCUUUUGGAUCUGCCUGGUAUCAUUGAAGGAGCAGCACAAGGUAAGGGUCGUGGCCGCCAGGUGAUUGCAGUUGCUCGGACAGCAGAUGUUGUAAUAAUGAUGCUGGAUGCGACAAAGGGUGAUGUGCAAAGAAAUUUACUAGAAAAGGAGUUGGAGUCUGUAGGAAUCCGACUGAACAAGCCUAAGCCCAAUAUUUACUUCAAGCCAAAGAAAGGUGGUGGGAUCUCUUUCAACUCGACAGUUACAUUGUCGCAAUGUUCUGAAAAACUAGUACAGCUCAUCUUGCACGAGUACAAAAUCUUUAAUGCAGAAGUUCUCUUCAGGGAAGAUGCAACUCCUGAUCAAUUUAUAGAUGUGGUAGUUGGAAACCGUGUGCACAUGCCUUGUCUUUAUGUUUAUAAUAAAAUUGAUCAGAUACCCUUGGAGGAGGUGGACAGAUUGGCCAGGCAGCCGCACAGUGUAGUCAUUAGCUGUGAAAUGAAGCUGAACUUGGACUAUCUGCUUGAAAUGCUGUGGGAAUACCUCGCAUUAAUCUGCAUCUACACAAAAAAGAGAGGAGAAAGACCAGAUUUUUCGGGUGCUAUAAUUAUGAGAAGAUCAGCCUCAGUUGAACAUGUGUGUCAUCGAAUUCAUAGGACAUUAGCGAGCCAGUUCAAAUAUGCUCUUGUCUGGGGAACAAGUACAAAAUAUAGUCCUCAACGAGUGGGGCUGACUCACAUAAUGGAACAUGAAGACGUCAUCCAAAUCGUCAAGAAAUAAACAAUGACCCAUGUUGCACAGUACCUGCAGUGUAUCACCAGCCUUCUCUUUCCCUCGCACGACAGGCAAUGUGAAAAUGGACUUUUUGGAAAUUGUAAUGCAAGAAUUGUGUUAAAUUGCCGAUGGAAAUGAUUUGCUGUGGCAGCCCUUUAAUACCAAAUAUACCAUGACUGGUAUUCUGUAGUAAGGUGACUGUUAAAAUGGAAGCAUGUGCCCACUAUAUAGGCUAAUACUAUACUUUGUGGCUCCUGCUCAAACAGUAACGCCUGUUUAUUUGUAACAAUUCUUAUUUUAUCACCAAAAUGUUUCAUUACCGCAAAGGACUCUGAUAGUAUUUCCCUUAUUAGCCUUUUGCCAACUUUCAAAACAUAGACUUGUUCCUUAUGGAACUGAAAAAUAUCCAAUUAGUGUGUGAUUUACAGUAAUUCAAAUAUGUAUAUGUUUGAAUGGAGAUGAGAUCCAGUUCAUUGUGCAAGGCAUUUACCAAGUGCUUUAAUUAGCUUAAUGUUCUCCUUGCUUCCCAUAUGUAUUGCAGAGCAGAGCUUGCAUCUUCCUAUAUCAGCACACAAAAACACAUUUGUCCAUUGGGUCCCUUUUUGUUUCUUUGUUUUUUUAUCCCCAUAGUAAUUUACAAAAAAAAGUCAUUCCCAAUUUUCUUCUUUCAUGUCAAAGUUGAUGACAUUGGCACUUUGGUACUUUAGACAUUCAUUGUAAGACGAAGCAGUUAAUAUCAGCAGGAUGUUCAACCAUGGAGGAUUUUGUUGCCAAGUCUAAACUUACCCUUGCAAGAGACUUGCACUGCACUUUCCAGGAAGUCACUAGAUAACCAUCAGGAACAUGGUUUGAAUGUUACUCAUUUGGUGCCCCAAGAUCAAUUUAAAAGCUCCAUAAGUUUGACGGCUGGUCAAAGGAGAAAAAUAGAGAGCUGUGCUCAGAGGUUGUGGGCCUUUCUUUAUCAUGGCUUGUCUGCUGCAUGGCAUCAAUAUAAAUGAGCAGCAAUGUUUGACGCUAACUCAGUCAACUAAACUGUGGUUCUCAAAGACAUUUGAUAAGUUUGAAAACACGUGGAGCAAUAUAUUGGACUUGCUGUGAAAUCUUGGGAAUGCUAUCGUCAAAAGGUUAUUGUUGUAUUGAUGAGCAUUCAGAAAAUUGAUGACCUGGGAGAUUGAACUGUAUGAAGAGAAGCUGACAGAAACAUGUAUUCACUGAAGAAAAGAAGCUUUAUGCAAAUCAGAGGCAUAGAUAAUGUUAUGUAAGUUGGAUAUUUAGCUUUGAACGUACAACCAGAAGACUUCUGUGCAAAAUCAAUGUACUCCAAGUAAGAUUUGAGCAGUUCAUGAGUCAAUCAACUUGCAAAAAGAUGAUGGAUAAAUAAUGUUAGGAAUGAAAUUGAUUUUACCAGGACGGAUAAAAGUAAACCUGAAUGUCAACAAGUUUGAAUUGCUUGUUUCUGUUGAUUAAAAAGUAGAUGGUCUUUUUUUGACCAGA